CAGGGGUCAGAUAAUCUCGAAGUCCCUGCAAACGAUAAAUACCUGCUCUGAGUGCAAUCAAGAGUAUAUUCUCAACCACUCCGAGAUGCCCAAAGUUGUUGGAACCAGACUCAUGGUCAAAGAAAGGGGAGGAAAAGCUCAAGUGGCUUUCCGCAAAGCACUGGGUAUACGGGGGGAUCAAGACGUCCAGUUUCAAGAGAUCAAGCACCGCAUACGAACCCUCGCGCUGAAACACUUUGAGAUCGGUCGAAAACCUCGGGAACAGGAUAAGAUCAUCAAAGAGCGAUUCCUAGCCGAUGUUCAACAAGCUUUUCCUAUUUUUGAAGACGACGAGCGUGCAAGUGCGCAUUUAUUCAAAUACAUCAAUCAAUUUCUUCACUCCAAAGCGGUGCCGAGAUCGCGUUUUUAUCAAAUGGUCCACAACAAUGACAUUGCAGAUGGAGAUUUGCUAGGGGACGAUGACAAGUCUGACGACGUCGAAGGUGACCGCAAUAUGCCAGUGAAUUCUGAGCCACCAACGGGUCCUCCGACUCUCCACAGUGAAAGAUCCCAGAUGACCGAGUUCGAGUUGGACGAAGAAACUUCUCGCUCAGCCAUCUCCGCCAAUCCGGGUAUGCAAGAUCCGGUAGUAACUGGCAUGCCGGUAGAAUGCAGCACCCUGCGCAAGGACAGCAAUCAGCCAAGGCGUGCGUCAUCUGCGAGUACAGUAUUGGCGUCAGAUGACUCCUGCCAUACAACGCCUAUUAGGAACUUCCUCGGUCGUGCAGCGCUUGGCCAUUUACACGCAGAACUUAUGACACUGGGCAUCAAGAAUGAGUCGCGUCUUCUUCAUGUAGCAACAUGGCCAGAGGAGGACGUCAAUAUCCUUUUGUGUGAUUCUGUGCGAGAACGCAGAAUCGACAAGUUUGAGGCGCAGCAACUUGUCAUUGCUUUGCGUUCUCUCCGUCGGCAGUCUAUGCGGGUUGAUGCAGAUGACUGACUCGGAUGAAUUCGAUAUACCUCAACAUACAUAUGGAGCCAGUCACAUGACUUUCCCGCAAUGCACAAGUCUUCUUUAGAUAAGAGUUUAGCAGACCCCCACUGGUGCUCCAUUUGCCUGAUAUUUCUGCCACAACUUACAAUAAUUCCUUGAUAUCUUGUGCAUGCUUUCUUGUCGCAUCGCUUGUUAUU